UCCUUUCGAAAUCAUUCGCUUCAGUGGCAGAAUAGCUUAACAAACUAGAAAAUGUUCGCAAAGGUUCUUGUACUCUUCGCUGCCGUUGCAGCUACACAAGCUAGUGGCCUUAUUGGAGCCGGAUAUGGAUUGGGAGCUGGCUAUGGAUAUGGAGCUGGCUAUGGAUACGGAGCUGGAUAUGGUGUAGCCGCUGCACCAGCCCUUGUUGGAACGGCUGUCGUUCCCGCAGUCUCCUCUUCCAAAACCGCCAUCAACCACAUCACCCCUGCCGGAAUUGCUGCCGCUCCCGUCGCCUUGGCUGCUGCUCCAUUGGGUCUUGCUGGACAUGGAAUAGCCGCCGCUCCUUUAGCUUAUGGAAACGGACUGAUCGGUAACGGUCUACUCGGUGCCGGUGUUGUAGGCCACGGAAUCGCUGCUGCUCCCCUUGCUUAUGGCAACGGACUUCUCGGUUUGGGAGCUGGAAAACUUGCCCUUGGAGGGGGACUUGCCAAGCAAAUCUUGUAAAUAUCUUAUACUGCGACUUCAUUUGUAAAUGUCCUGAUUUAAAUUAUUAAACAUGUUACAAUAAAUUACUUGUUCUAACUAA